GGCGGGUGAAGCAGCUCUGGAGGGUUUUUAAUGUUUUGGAGUGUUUUCAGGCUUUGGCUGUUCCUGUCCCCAAGCUGCUCUUCUGCUGGAGUGUUCUGAGUGUUCAGGCUGUGGCUGUUCCUGUCCCCAAGCUGCUCUUCUGCUGGAGUGUUCUGAGUUUUCAGGCUGUUCUGAAGUUUUUGCCCUGUUUACUGGCUGAUUAUUUGAUUUCUUUGCCCUGAUUUUGUAGCUCUGGGACUUUUUGCCGGCUGGUGUUUUUGCACUUUUUUACUAGAUAAUUUAGGCUGAUCUUUUUGAGUCUUUGCCAGUUUUCAGGCUGAUCUUUUGGAGUAUUGGGGCAUUUUACUGGCUGAUACUUGGGAGUUUUUGCAACUUUGUCUGGCUGAUGUGGAGUUUUUGCACCAUUUUCUUGCUGGUUCUUUGGAGGUUUUGCAGGCUGAUCUUUUUGGAGCUUUUACCUGAGUUUUAACCUGAUUAUUUGGAGUAUUCUGAACAUUUUUACAGGCUGGAGCUUUUGCUCUUUUUGAAGGCCGAGGCUGGAGUUUUUGAAGUUUUGUGUCUUUUGUGUGGGCUGCUGUUGCCCCUCGGUUGCUCUUGCAUGAACAGAAGACUUGAGUCAGAGGAAGCUGUGGCCUCUUGGUGGACAGGAGGAAGGGCUAAAGGUCUCACUCAUCAGCCAAUUGGACUUCAUUAUCUGCAGCCAUGGACGACCCCGAUGCUCCGUAUUUGGCCUUUAAUGACCUGAACAGUAACGGCGGCUCAAUGUGGUCAGACAUUCUGGCCCGGCAGGAGCAGAGGGAGGUGGAGAGCUUCAGGAGGAAGCUCAAAUAUUUCUUCAUGAACCCCUGUGAGAAGUACCGGGCGCGAGGCAGGAAGCCGUGGAAACUGAUGUUGCAGAUCAUCAAGAUCGCGGUCAUCACCAUCCAGCUGGUGUCAUUUGGUCUCAGUAACCAGAUGGUAGUGACGUUUAAAGAAGAGAACCUGAUGGCAUUUAAGCACCUGUUCCUGAAGGACUACACUCACCACAGCUCUAACAGCUACGCCGUGUACACGCAAGCUGAGGUCUACUCUCACCUCUCCUACAUCGUGGAUCGGUUCCUGAGGUUGCGGAACAUAACGGUAGGGAACCACGCGUAUGAGAAGGAUGGACAUUACUUCACUCCUCUGCUGAUGUGCCAGCAGUUCUACCACAACGGCAGCAUCUUGCCCGGCAAUGAGACCUUUGAGAUUGACGCUCAGGUGGAGGAAGAGUGCCUUGAGAUUUACCCUGUUCAGCUUCCAACCACUAUGGAAGGUGCAGACCUGUCCAACUUCACUCUGCAGUUCAAACGGCUGCUGGAGGUAAAUGUUUACUUCACUUUAAAAGCCAUAAACCUGCAGACGGUUCAGCACCACGAGCUUCCUGACUGCUAUGACUUCAGCAUCACGAUCAGGUUCAACAACAGGGCCCACAGUGGGCAGAUCAAAGUGGAUCUGGACAAUGACGUGGACAUUAAUGAGUGCAGAGACUGGAAAGUCACGGGAGCCUCCCCAAAGAACAUCUACUACACUGUGCUGUUUGAUGUUGUGAUCAUUCUGACCUGCCUGGCGUCUCUGGUGCUCUGCACGCGCUCGGUGAGCACCGGAGUACAGCUGCAGUUUGAGUACAGAGCCUUCUUCCUGAGGCACUUCGGUAAACUGGUGUCCUGGUCUGACCGGAUGGAGUUCAUUAACGGCUGGUAUAUCCUCAUCGUCAUCAGCGACAUCCUCACCAUCACCGGAUCUGUGCUCAAAAUCGCCAUUCAGCUCAAGGCUCUGACCAGUUAUGACAUCUGCAGUAUCCUCCUGGGCACCGGCACCAUGCUCGUGUGGAUCGGGGUGCUGCGCUACAUGGGCUACUUCAAGAAAUACAAUAUUCUGAUCAUCACUCUGAGGGCAGCCUUCCCCAACGUGAUCCGCUUCUGCUGCUGCGCUGCCAUGAUCUACCUGGGCUACUGCUUCUGCGGCUGGAUCGUGCUGGGGCCUUACCACGACAAGUUCCGUUCUCUGAACACGGUCACCGAGUGCCUCUUCUCCCUGAUCAACGGUGAUGAUAUGUUCGCCACCUUUAAGAACAUGCAGCAGAAGAGCUACCUAGUGUGGCUGUUCAGCCGCGUCUACCUCUACACCUUCGUUUCGCUCUUCAUCUACAUGGUGCUCAGCCUCUUCAUCACCUUAAUCACAGACACCUACGAGACCAUCAAGCAGCAGCAGUCAGAUGGAGAGCCUGUCUCUGAACUGCAGGCAUUCAUUUCAGAGUGUAAAGACCACCCCAGCUCUGGCUGCUACCGUGUGGAAGGCCGAUCCUCUACCUGCCUGUUCUGCUGCGUUCGAAGGCCUAACGAUUUGCAAGAGAGACUGGAAUGCUAAAGUGGGAUUGCAUCACUCUUGCAUUAAUGGAUUUUUCCAGUGGGUCCUAACCAGAGACUCUGAAAACUCCUGCUCUGUUUCUCUGCUUUAACAUGGAUUAUUCCGGUGGUGCAAGUAAUGAACUACUAAACAAACCCCCUUCUUUGAGGUGGGUGUGUUGGAGAAGAGAACAUGGUGCAAUGCACAGGACAGGGAUACUCUAGGACCAGGAUAGGCAACUACUGAAUUCUUCCAAUUUAUACUGUUUACAUGUACAAGGUAUAAGGCAGUAGGGACAUAUGAAUAUUCCAAUUCUUCAGAAGUGUUGAUUACUGUUUUCACACUGGCUUUUUUGUUAUGUCUGUUAUGUCUUCAGUUUUGAUUGUGGCACUUGACACUUUGGCAGAUGUUAAUAUAUUAGGUAAAGCUAAUAUAAAUAAAUGCUUGUUGCUUCAAUAA